GAGGUUCGCGGGCUAUCGUUGGGUGGCAAGCUGGUGAUCUCUUUCGCGCGCCCACCAUUCAAACAUGCGGCUCCAAAUGCGCUGACGCAAGGCCAUUUCUCGCUCUGCAGCCACAAACACACUGGUGGCGGAUGGCCUGCUAAUUUUCCCGAGUUGGCUUGCGUAACGCGUGUGUGUGGAAAGAUUUCAGCAAGGAAAUUUGAGUUGAGAGAUUGUGGUGUCCCCACGGGAGAUCCCCAGGAGGGCAUUUUUGACAGUGAACUAUCAUAGUGAGCGCCCCCAGAGUAACCAGACAAAAAAACUGAGACGCCGCGUGUGUCAGAGAAGCGUGACCCUCUCCGGCGGUCCCGUGUUUUAGCUGUGGUUUAAUUAAAGAAUACUCUGGUGUGCUAGUUCGUGGACUCUGUCGCGCCCGUUGUCGCGCCACCUCUUUUUUCAUAGUCACCCGACCGUUUUUCCACCCAACCGGCCGGCCGAGCGUCCGUGCCUGGGUGCCUUUUCUGGCUCAAAAUUGCCGUCUGGAGGUUUGCACCUCCUUUCGGUCCUAACCUCAAAAAGAAGUGCCAGACGCUGGAUCAUCUUCCAAGUUUGAAUGGUUUAAUUUUAGUGGCGAAAACAUCGUAGUUUUGGGUGGAAAAGUGCUGUGGAAUUCCUCAGCGGAGGGCAAAAACAUCCCACUUUUGUGUAUGUGUAAGUGUAUGUGUUGAACACGGAAGUGUCAUCCGGUAUCUCCAUCUGAGCACGUGCUUGAAUAAAAGAAAAUGACGAGCCCCUAAAUUGAUCGUGGAUUGAGUGGCCGUAGACUGUGCGUGAAUUACAAGGUGAGUGAGUAGUGAUUCCGAAGUGAAAGGUGAUUGUGAUUGGUUGUCCGGAGCCCAAAGUCUAAAGGAGAUUGGGCUGAAAAAGUGUGUGUAAAGUGGGGCAUGGCGUGGCGCUUGUUUUGGCGAUCGGGGCACGGCCCGCCGAGCCGGUGAGCCAUCGCACCCUGUAGGUAGGCGCUGUGGCCCCCACGCAUGCAGCCAGAGGCGCCGCGGGGGCCCGCGCAGCCCUAGCGCUCUUAUGUAUGCUCCUGACGAUCCCCACGCUGUCGGCGAGCCCCCUCGCGGUGCCACCUCAGCAACAGCCCAGCGUCCUGCCGCCCGGUCGGACGCAUGCCCCCGCCCCGCCAUGGCCGCCCCCGAAGGAGCCACACGCCAACCCCGACAACCGGACAGCAACGAACAGUGCCACGAACUGUAGCAGUAUUUGCCACAAGCACAACAGCCCCACACUUGAAACACAAGGCGCACCGCAACGCCACGACGCAACGCUCCACCGCAACGACUUGCACGCCAACAAUGCUCUUAGGAUAGCGAUUGUUGUCGUUCUUCUGGUCGGAGCUGCAGUAUUAACGUUCUUUGGAAUUGUGUGUUGCUUGCGGGCAACUCAGAGGGCCUCUAGGGCUCUGGCAUUACCAAUACCACUCCUGCCAGACGAUCAAACUCCUCUAAACGCGGAGCCGGAACAUCCUGUACCCAUGCUCUCGGUACAGUCACCCGGCUGCGCGGGAAUGGAGCGGCUCGGCGUUCCUGCCCGCAAUUCACUCAAUUCUCCGUCAGUCCAUGACGAAAGAAACCACAUAAGUCGAAGGAUGCGAGUCGAUGCCAUCCAGGCGAGGGAUCCGCACCAGCAUCAAAAUGUGAUUCGAUGUCCACACCACGUUGCUCUGGGCGGAGACAGCGAAUGGGGCGCGGAUCGAGAUUUGCACAUAAGAGCUCCAUAUCAGACGGAGAUCACGAGGACAUAUAUCCGACCUCCACCCAAUAAGACCGCUCUAGACGUUCCAGAUACCUCCUAUCCGGCUGCGUUUUCACAGCGCUCCGGUUCGUCCGGCUCGAGCACAAAGCCCAGCAAAUCCAGGACUUUCAAGUUCUUCUGGCGUGGCAAUGAUUCGCCAUCUCGUGCCGCGUCAAUUGCGCCCGCCGCUCCUUCGCCUAGCCUGCCGCCGCCCGCCUCCCACUGUCAUACGGGGAGUCGGCCGGCGAUCGAUACGGCGCCCAAUAUCAUGGAAAACGGCCAACACAUUUGACCCCCCUGGAGCUGAACCCUAGGGGCUGUCGCGACUCACGCAGCCGGCUCACGCACCUGCUGAGCCGGCAGCAGUUGAGUGGAAGUAAUGUCUCUUAAAAAAAAAACAGCAACAAAUCGUAAAUUAAUUUUGAUAGGAAAAUUUUACCUUGUUACUCUAACGAAAUUUUAGUGUGUGAAAACAUGUUGGAGAAGGCAUGUUGUGAACUCACUCUGCUGGUGACUAAUCAAAUUUGAUAAGAAAUAGGGCAAAUUGAAUCACACGAUAAUGGCUGGGAAUGUGUAAUCCGUUUUAAAAGAAGAAAAACAGAAUGCAAAAAACAAACACUAGAGCAAAAAGGAAAAAUAAAAAAAAAACAAAUUGUAAAUGAAUUUUCUAAUGAAAAGCGAUAAAAAAUUCAUCAAUGGAGGUGAAGUGUGACACUUUCUCGACCAGCGAUUGUGAUAAAGUGCGAGAUGUGACCAAAAAAAAAAUGAAGAUAAAAUACGUGGACAGACUAUGUGAAUAAAAUAAAUACAGUGCGUGUGUGAUCCUCUCGAGAGGUAAUCAUCUCUAGAAUCUCCCAGAAAGACCAGAAAAUGACAAAAUUCUCAAUGGAUUUCCCAAAGAAUGGACUCUCAGUUUACUUGGAGUGAUGUCCAAGUUUUGAGGACCACGCCGCAGUGAGGAGCAAAGCCUAGCGCUAAUAUCAAGCGUUAGGUAAAGGGCGAGACAAUUUAGAAAGACAACAAAAGCAUCAAUCGAGAGGACAAAAACAAAACAAAAAAUCAGAUCACGAAAAAAGGAGAGGAAAGCAGAUUAGAAAGUAUUUUUUACGUAAGCAAAAAUAAAACAAAAAAAUCAUUAAAUUAAAAUAAUUUACAAGUUGAUGUUACUGUUGUUGUUAUUGUGGCAAAAAAAAACAAAAAAAAAAUAAUACACUUGAAAAUUUGAAGCUAGAAUUCUUAAUUAAGUGAAUCGAUGAUGAUGAAAAAAAAAACUCCUAAUCCAUUGGCUAUAGAGUGAAAACAAAAUAAUAAACCUGAAAAGGUAAAUUGUAUAAACAAAUGCAGAGGUCUUUCUUAUAUUAAAAAAAAAAUUAUUUUAAAAAAAAAUUGACAAAUUGAGGUUUUAAAAGAGAAAACAAGAAAAUUUGAACAAAAUUUGUGUGUUUCGGAUGCUUGCACUGUGUACAAAGAAUGAUCAAAAAUGAGAAAAGAAAAAUAAUUGAAUUAUAACUUUCAAAAAAAUAAAAAAAUAAAGUCAAGAUGGGUAAAUAAAAGAUGGGAAUCACGCCGACAACACACUAACAUAUAAAUUAUUCAAAGAGUAAAGACUGAAUUACCAAUUUAAUAUUAAAUAAAAAAUUAUAAUUAAAUGAGAAAAAAGAAUUAAGAAUAUUAGAAAAAAUGAGAAAAAAAAACAAUUGUAAUAUUCGAGAGUAAUCCAUUACUUCUUUAUUUUCUUUUUAAAUUAAUAUAAUAAUUAUAAAAAAAUCACUUGUUAUAACCUCCUUAUUUAAUUUUUUUUAAAUUUAAAAGGAAAGAAAUAUAUAUUCAGUCGCUCUAAAUGUGCAAGAAGGCAGGAAAAAAAACGAAAUAAGAAUUUAAAAAAAAAUGUUGAGUCACUAUAAAUUCCUUUUUGUAGAAAAAAAAGUAUUUUCCUUCGUUUAGAAAUGACAAAUGAUAUUCUAAAAAAAAACACAAUGUUUAAAAACAAAAUGUGAAUUAGAAAUUUAUCUCUGUGGCAAAGAAUUGUGUCACCGAAUGCUGGUCAUUUGGCGUUUUUUUUUUUGUGAAAGAAUUAAGAAGAAAACAUUCUAAUUGAGUCAAAAACAAUAUGAAUGUAAAACAAGAUGUAAAAAAUUAGAAUUCGAAUUUUUUUUUGUUCUCUGUCGUUGAAUGUGACGUAAUUUAAUUUCAUGAGGAGACUUUUUUCAACUGUACAGCAACCCCUCAAAAGUUCACCCCAAAAAGUUCAUUUUCAACAAACACUUCAUUUACUUUCCUUGCCCAAAAACAUCUGUUAAUUGAAUUAUUGUGUUGGGGAUUCGUAAAUAACACACUGAGGAGCAAAAGUGUUCAAAUCCAACAGGAUACUGUGGAUUAUUAAGAAUAAAGUUAAACCCAUAGAGUUGUAGUCUAAUACUUAACAUUAAAAUCUUUGGCUUUUUUCUGAGAAUCGAUUGCGUAAAGGCUUCUAUACAUUGGGAAGUAUUUUCGUCAAAAAUUGUAUUUUUGACUGAAUUUUGACUUUUACAUGUACAGGAGUGCGGACGGUUUUCUUCAAAAGUACACUUUUACUGAGAGAAAUCCGAAAAAAUUAAAAUAACAUUCCGGAAAUGUUUAUUUUACCCUGCAUUAUUGAUCCGAAAUCGGUGUAAACAUUAUACUUUUUAGGUGUAUUAUGGGUUAAAGUUACCCUUUUUCAUGUUAAUUUUACCCUUAAAAAUGUGUAAAAUUAACAUUAAAAAUUGUUGAUAUAUUUUUACACCUAAAAAGUGUUAAAGUUAUGAGGAAAAAAAGUUAAUCGCACCCCCUUUUUUUUCUCAGUGUUGACGAAAAUUGCUCCCAAUGUGUACACUGAGAAAAAAGAGGGUGCGAUUAUCUUUUUUUCCUCAUAACUUUAACACUUUUUAGGUGCAAAAAUAUAUCAACAUUUUUUAAUGUUAAUUUUACACAUUUUUAAGGGUAAAAUUAACAUGAAAAAAGGUAACUGUAACCCCUAAUACACCUGAAAAAGGUAAUAUUUACACCGAUUUUGGAUCAAUACUGCAGGGUAAAAUUAACAUUUCCGGAAUGUCAUUUUAACUUCUUCGAAUUUCUCUCAGUGUAGACGCCUAAGCAAAUUCGAAUCUUUUUGCUCAUCACUGUGGUGGAAGUCGAACAGCCACGAAAUCCAAUAAUAAUUUCCAAUCAAAACUAAUUUAGGGGUAGUGAGGUAGCUUUGAAAUAGGGCAGACAAGCUUAAAAUGAACGUUUUUAUUUCAUAUUUUCAAAGAUAGUUGCGUCUUAUCAUAAUGUAAUGAUCAUAACAACACAAUUUCUAAAUAAACAGGGUUAGCCUAAUUAGUACGUUUAUUUCAACCAAAAUUUUUUUCUAAAUGAAAAAAAAAAUGGAAACAAGUGUCAAAAUGUUUCUGCUGACAAAAAAAGAAAUUAAACGAAAAUGUUUUUGUAGAUACGGAAAUGUUACUAAAGAAAACGGAAAUAUUUCAGGAGGAUGCGUUCUUGAAAUAUGCCUCAAACCAACACUAAGGUUUUUUUUUGCAUUGAUGUGUGUAAUUUUCUUUAAAAAAAAACCAAGAGUUUUUACGCCAAAAGUUAAAUAUGUCAUGAAUCACAAUAAGCAAGAAAUUUUAUUUGGAAUAUACCGCAAUUAAUUUAUUAAUAAAUACUGCCCUUCAUUAUUAAACUCCUCAAAAUUGCCCCACUUCCCCUAAACUUUAUUUUAUGUUUUUUUUUCACCAAUCAGAAAUAAAUUUCUCUAAGAAAGGACGUAACUUGAAGAAUCGAAAAAAAUAUAGCCCAACUGUGUCAUUUAAAAAAAAAAAUGUUCAAUAGAAAUUGCUCUUUAAACAGAACAAGAAGAUAAAAUACAAAAAAAAAAUAUAUUUCUCAUAAAAAAAGAAGAAAGGAAAGUAAGAAGACAACUGCUCAAAAACUGUCAUUUUUUGAAUUUUUUUAAACACAAACUUGUACCGAAAAAAUUCGAAAAGUCAAAGUUUUAAUCCGCUUUUUGAUGUUUCAACCAAUAAUUAAAGAAUGAAGAAAUAACCAUAGAAAUUAUUCAAAUUAAUUAAGAUGAUGAAAAAGUCAAAAACAAAAACAUUGAAAUAUUGAAUAGCACAAUUACCAUACAAUAUUAAUGAAAGAAAGAAAAAACCAACACGAAAAUGUAUAGAAAACAAACAUUGAACAACUUAUUCGUUUAUCACCCAAAUACUGCUGAACAAUUUCAUUUUCAAUAAAAAAAAAACAUGUCGAAAAUCUUUUGGACGUUCAAAAAAAUUAACUGUAUAUACUCGAGCCAAUUUAAAAAAAAAAAUAAUAUAUAAAAAUGAGGAAGGACACAAAAUUGAUGGAACUUUCAGAUAGAAAAAAAAAUUCCAUUCACAAAAUUGAAUUUUGAACUAGUCCUAAAUUAGAUGAAAAGAAAAAUAAUAAAACGUGGGAAAGAAGAAAAUGAAGAAGAUGACAAAACAUCGGAAAAUAAGUGAGAAAGUCUUAAAAAAUGAAAGAGAGAAAAAAUAUAUUAGAAAUUAGACAAAUAUUAUUUUUUGAAUAAAAAAUUAUAUUUUGAAAUUGUAUAUAGUGUAAUAUAAAAUCAUUAAAUUAAAUUAAUUAUGAUGACAAGAUGAGAAUACGAAUGGAGUAUAAGAAAAUUUUAAAGAAAAAAAAAAUUACUCAUGCAUUUAAAAAAUGUUUCGUACUGAAAACAAUUUUUUUUUAAUGUUUUAUUCAAACUCCAUACCCGGACUUUAAUUUAUAAUUUUUCUCUCCCCUUGAAACUAAAGAAAAAAAAACAGAAACCCCAAUUAAAAAACACACACAAAUAUUAUAUAUAAAGCUUUCUUCUGGAGAACACAUAAUAAAGCCCGUCUAAAUGACUCUGAGAUAGAAAAAAAAGAAAAGCUUGAAAGAUAAAGUGAAAAGAUGAAGUAACACUGAAAAGACAGUCAAGUUCGCAAGAGAAAAUGGAUAAAACGAUAAAAGUAAUAAAUAUUGAGGAGGAAACGAAACUUUUUUUUUUUUAGGUAUUUAAAUGUAUUCAUAGAAGAUGAAUGGAAAGAAAAAUAAAACACACGAUGCAAAAAUAAAUAAAUCUGAAUAGGAGAAUCAAUAUACAUUUUAGAGAGAGGAAGAGAGAGAGAGAGAAAUCAAUCAUUAUUCAUAAUUUAGAGAUGCAAGAAAAGAAUUUUUGCAGAAAAAAAGAAAGAUAAUAAAAAAAAGCCUUCUGAGUUUGUGAGAUGAGAUGCAAAAAAAGUAACACAAGUUUAUAUUUAUGUAAUUAUUUAAUUUAACACAACAAAGCAAGAAAAACACACGAAGAGGGAGAAAGUUUGCAGGAGAUAUUUCAAAACCCAUAAGCAGAAAAAACGCAAAAAAAAAAUAAAUAAAAAAAUGAUAAGUAAGCAAAUCACUGAAAGAAUGACUCUGUAUCCUAAAUAGAAGAUUUUUUUUCGAAAGGAUAAAAAGAACACACAACAAAAUAUGAUGAACUUAUUACUAUUACUCAAUUAUUAUUUUAUAAAAAUAAAAGAAUAAUGAUAAUAAUAAAAGAAAUUUAACAUUCCCCA